AUGUGGAGAUUAGAGAAAGAGAUAAACUCAAAGAUAUCAAAGCUCAUAAAACAACACCAAAGUGAUGCUCAGGAUGAGCACGAUCUCUUACAAAUGAUACUUGAUAGUGCAAAUAAAUAUUGGCAAGAUCGAGUUCGUGUUGAGGUGAUUCAAGUUUGUGGAUAUGGUAAUAUAGAUGCAACUAUACUUAAAAGCAUGAAAACGAGAAGCGUGUGCAAAAGUAGAGAAUUUCAAAUUCGAGACUUGCAUUUAACCAUAGUGAUUCAAGAGACUUUGAGAUUUUAUCCACCAUCAUCAUUGAUUGUUAGAAUUGCUUUACAAAAUAUUAAUCUUAAAGGUAUCCUAGUUCCAAAAGGAAUGGACAUUCAAAUUCCAAUGCCAAUAUUGCAUCAAGACUCAAAGCUUUGGGGGCAUGAUGCACAUAAGUUCAAUCCACAAAGAUUUGCAAAUGGAGUGAAUAGAGCAUGCAAGGUUCCACAAGUGUACAUGCCAUUUGGAAUAGGGCCACAUGUAUGUGUAGGACAACAUUUAGCUAUGUUAGAAUUGAAAGUGAUUUUGUCUCUCAUUUUGUUGAAGUUUCGAUUCUCUUUAUCAUCAAGUUAUUGUCAUUCACCUUCUUUCCAUGUGCUUAUAGAACCUCUCAUGGAGUUCUUCUUCAUAUGA